CGGCGGGGGGCGGGGCAGGGCGCCGCGGGCCCUGCUCCGACGGACUGCCUAUAUAGCAGACCGGCCGCGGGGCCACGAGAAUAUUGUCGGUUGGAGUCUGGUAGAGAUCACGUGCAACUGCUCUGAAGAAUUGUGAGUCUACACUUCGGUUUAGGUCACUCAAAGUCGUUCAAGAUGGCCACGAAUAAAACCGUUCUGGACAGGUAUCUGAAUCUGCCAGUGCCUGACAACACCACUCAGUGCAUGUAUAUCUGGAUCGACGGCAGCGGAGAAAAUGUGCGCGCCAAGACCAAGACGGUCAAUUUCAACCCCAAGUCGCCCAGCGAGCUGCCGAUCUGGAACUUUGACGGCUCGUCGACCGGUCAGGCGGAGGGCAGCAACUCGGACGUCUAUCUGCACCCGGUGGCGCUCUACCGGGACCCCUUCCGCCUCGGAAACCACAAGCUGGUGCUGUGUGAGACCUACAAGCACAACCACAAGCCGGCCGACACCAACCACCGUCACACCUGCAAGGAAGUGAUGGACAAAGCCGCCGACCAGCACCCGUGGUUCGGUAUGGAGCAGGAGUACACCCUGCUCGACUCGGACCAGCACCCGUUCGGCUGGCCCAAGAACGGCUUCCCGGGGCCGCAGGGACCCUACUACUGCGGCGUGGGCGCCUCCAAGGUGUAUGGCCGUGACGUGGUGGAGAGCCACUACCGCGCCUGCCUGUACGCCGGCGUCAUGAUCGCCGGCACCAACGCCGAGGUCAUGCCGUCCCAGUGGGAGUUCCAGGUCGGUCCGGCCGAGGGCAUCCGGAUGGGUGACGACCUCUGGAUGGGCCGCUUCCUGCUGCACCGCGUCGCCGAGGACUUCGGCAUCUCGGUCUCGCUGGACCCGAAGCCGAUUCCUGGCGACUGGAACGGCGCCGGCUGCCACACUAACUUCAGCACGGUGGCGAUGCGCGAGAAGGGCGGCAUCACGCACAUCGAGAAGGCCAUCGAGCGGCUGGCGGGCAACCACCAGCACCACAUCUGCAUGUACGACCCGAACGGAGGGCGUGACAACGAGCGCCGCCUCACGGGUCUGCACGAGACGUCCAGUAUCCACGACUUCUCUGCGGGCGUGGCGAACCGCGGCGCCAGCAUCCGGAUCCCGCGUCAGGUGGCCGAGGAGGGCCAGGGCUACCUGGAGGACCGGCGGCCCAGCUCCAACUGCGACCCGUACCGGGUCACAGAGGCCGUCGUGCGCACCAUCUGCCUGGAUGCGUGAGCGCCGGGAUCACUGCUGUGAUCGCUCCGUGACGGGUCGCUGGCGAUCGCCGAAAAACGGGGGAGGUAAAGACCAAUAUCCUCGAACAAUUUGUUUGUUCGUUUGAUGUAUUUGUGGCUGUUUUUAAUGAGGCUAUACUUGUAGGAAAGCACAGUCUUUGAAGGAAUCUCUUGAUUUACCCUUUCGAUGGUGUAAGGAUAUUACUGGGCGGUAUGACCGAUGUUUGUAGAUUAUGUAGAUAGCCGUGUAUAAAUGAUUGAAAUGUAUCAUGCCCGAUGUGUUAUGUGAGUGCUGAAAGAAUCUCGUCAAGAAAGAUACUUCAGUUCUUUUCCCGUAUUAUUGAAUCCGAUACAUCUGUGAUGUGAUUAGCAGACAUGUUUUGAUGCUCGGGAUCGUGGACUAGAAUAUGCUCACUGUUAUCUUACUUUUUGGGGGUCAGUUGCGCCUAUCUUUUUAUCGGGUUUCCUAUCUUCAAGCAUAUGUCGAUCACCGUGAUCCCCAAUUGCCCACGAUGUCAUCAGUAUAAACGAUGCCUUAAUGAACAUGCUGCGUUGUAUGGAUGCCUGAGAGUCGGUUAGUCUGUUUUAACUAACCGCUUUAGUUGUAUCUGAAAUCGUGUGUACGAGAAUAGUGUCAUCUCAUUUUGCCAGUGUCCGUAUUACGUAUGCAAAUACAUCCCUGUACAUUGUAUGUACAGUACAACCCGUU